AGUGACGUGUGUCGAGUGUCACUUUUCACAUCUGCUCUCGUGAGGCUUAGACUGAAUCCGAGUUUAAAAAUCGAAAUGGCCUGUUUCAUCAGCUCUCUGCCCAUCUGGAGCUACAUCAACUCAUGGCUCUUUAUGGAUUUCGAGGGGCAGCGACGGGCCGAGAAAAUCUUCCAGCUGAUCAUCGUCCUAGCUGCCAUCGUGGGCUUCUGUAUCGGCUAUGCUUUCCAGAUGUACUCGUACUCGAUACUCACCUUGGGCUGUGGUUGCUUGUUGUCAUGCCUGGUGUGUCUUUUCAAUUGGCCUUGGUUCCAAUUGAAACCCCUAAACUGGCAGAAACCAUUGACAGACAUCGAAGACAAGAAAUCCAAAUGAGCCUUCGAUUCCAUCGACUUCUACACGAGCUCCAAGGGGGGACAACAACAUCGUCGGACUGUAUAGAUUCAUUCAGAAUGUUUUAUUCACGGAAUACACAUGCUUCACAAUAUUUCACGGCGUCUUUCAUUCGCGGUCACGUCUAGAGUAAGUCACCCCUUAUUCCCUGCUGUCAUGAUUCUUUCUCCCACUCACAGAAUCGAGAGCAGUUACGGAAUCGAACUCAAUGCGUGAAAGGCCGCAACCGAGAUUGUGAAGUGUUGGUACUCGCG